UUCUUGAGGACUCCCGGUCAUGGAUAUAGUGCAGCCCAACGACCUGGAGCAGGCCUUCUGCGUGGCCAGGAGGAGACAUGCGGAGCUGUGCAGGCAGAACCAGAUCUUCGACGCCAGGAACAGGAUCCUGGGGGGAGAUACAAAAACCUGGGAUAUUCAGGUGUGUGAGCGGAAGAUAAAAGAAGCAACUGAGAAAGCCAGGCACGAAACGUUUGCUGCUGAACUGAGGCACAAUGACAAAAUGAUGUGCAUAUUAGAGAGCCGGGAAAGAAGGGGGCGGAGACAUCUCUGCAAAGCUCUCCGCGACUUCCAGCAGAGCUUCCAGAAGCCGGAGACUCGGCGGGAAUUCGACCUUUCGGACCCCCUCGCCCGCAGGAGAGAGUUCCCCGCGCGGCAGGGAGACAACGAUGCGCGGAAUACAGUGUCGGGGAUGCAGAGGUUCAUGGGAGAGGAUUUAAACUUCCACGCGAGGCAGAGAUUCCAACAGGAACAAAACAGAGAAUGGUUCCUGCAGCAGCAGAGGGAGUGGCAGAAAGCCCGGGCCGACCAGAAACGUGCAGAGGACCUGUACACGGAGGCCAGGCUGCAGUUCGACCAGACGGCCCAGGACUUACAGCAUCGGGAACGCGCCACCAGGAGGGCGGUCUCCGCAGCUGUGAAACAAUUCAACAAGACCCAGGCCUCGGAGUUGGCGGAGAGGAAAAGUCUGGAGAAAAAACAAGAACUAGAGGACGACCUGGCCCACAUCUCCAACCUGCUGCGCGGGGACCUGCUCUCCGAGGACCCGCAGCAGGCGGCCAGCUCCUUCGGGCCCCACCGCGUGGUCCCCGACCGCUGGAAGGGCAUGAGCCAGGCCCAGCUGGGGCACAUCCGCCUGGCGCAGCAGCAGCAGAUGCAGGAGAAGCUGAGGCUCCAGGAGGAAGAGCGCCAGCGAGACGCCGACUGGGACCGGCAGAGGGUCGAGAGGGCCCGUGCCGAGGUGCUGUGCGAGCGGCAGCAGGGGCGGCGGCAGCGCGACCUGCGCAGAGCCCUGGACGGCAGCAACCGCAGCCUGGCCGCGGAGCAGCUCCGGCAGAGAAACUACAUGAAGGAAGUCUGUACCAACCACGCCACGGACGACUACUUCACGCAGUUCAACACCAGGAGUCGAUGAGAAAGACACCCCCCCGCACCCCCCCGCCCCCGUCAUUCAUGUAU